CAACUUAUGAACCACCUAAAUUCCCUACCACUGCCGGCACUGCUCCUCCCUCCGCAGUCCAAGAACCUGCUACUAAUCCACCUACUGAAGUUCCUACUGGCACUGUUCCUGGCACUGUUCCUACUGACACUGCUCCU